AUGCAACUGAUUGCUCGUGUUGCCGAGUCUAUUGCUGAUGGCGAUAUAGUGAACGUACAGAUUCGCAGAUAUCGACAGUGGCAGCUCUCUCAAACUAGUUCUCUGGCAUCAUGUAUACUUCCUGCUUCAUUGUUACAUGGGCCAAGGGAAAUACUUGAACAGGGAGAACGAAUUUUUAACCGAUUUGGUGGUUGGCUGGGGAAGAAUUCGACAAGGAGUAAAAACAUGAGACUUAUGGAUGACCUGCAUGUUCACAUUCUUGCAUCUCACGAAUCUAGUUCGGGAAGGGACACUAUUCGCUUGGAAUACCUUACUCUUCUUCUUAAAAAAUUAACAGAACCAAUAGAAGUUAACAGUUCUAACUGCUUAAAAUCUGACCGUUCAUCUUGUAACUGA